AUGAUGUCUGCUCUUGAAGAAACUGCUAAACAAUCACGUGAUAAUUGUGUACAUAUGUCAAUUAAAGAACGUUUAAAUGAUGCUCUAGCAUCCAUUAAUCUUUCUAUACAACUUUAUCCAAUUGAAGCUGAAUUUUAUUUACAACGAAGUAUAAUUUAUCGAAAAAUGAAAAAAUUUCAAUUAGCAAUUGAUGAAUGUUUACUUGUUUUUGAUAAAAUUGGACAUAAUCAAGAACAUAAACUUUAUGAACAAGUACAAAAACAAUUUGUUCUUAUUUAUAAUGAAUGUUCUUUAAAAUGUUUACAAACUGGUUAUUAUGAUGAUGCUAUUGAAUUAUUAAAUCGAGCACUUAAUUAUGAAAAACAAUCAGCUGAAUUAUAUAUUAAUCGAGGAGAUUGUUUUUUUGCUAAAGGAAAAAUAACUUUUGCUUUACAAGAUUAUGAACAAGCACUUGAACUAACACCAAAUAAUAAAGAAAUAAAAUUACGCAUUUCCGAAGUAUUCUUUAAUAAUGCUGAACAACAUUACAAAGAAAAGCGAUACAAGGAUUCUUGUACUGAAUUAACAAGAGCUAUUGAUGUUAAUCCAUCUAUUGCAAAAUAUUAUGUGUCACGUUCACGUGUUAAAUAUUUAACAGAAGAUAUUGUAGGUGCUCAAGAAGAUAUAGUUGCAGCUAUAUUAAUUAAUCCAUUAGAAGAUGGAUGUAUUGAUGUUCUACCAAGAUUAUUUGUUGAUACAACACUUGCUGAAGUUCUUAAUUCAUCAUUAACAAAAUAUGUUAAAGAACAUUUAUUAAAACGUGGUGUUCAAUUAACUAUUUCUUAA